AUGCCAAACGUCGACGCACCAUCCAGAAGUGCUGUGACGGUCACCGAGAGUCAAGAGGAUGCGCAGGUAGCAGAAAAGGUAACGUCAGACUUCCUUGUGGUGAUCUUGGACCUGGAUAAGAUGACAUGGAUGCAAGUGGCCAGCCAACGAGCAAGCCCCGAAGAGCGGGCAGCUGCGGCCUAUGAGACCUUGAAAAAUGUCAUUUCGUCUGUCCUUGUGUUCUUAAAUGCACAUAUUGCCAUGCAGAGUGGCAAUGGUUUGGCUGUCUAUGGGGCUGCGGCUGGCCAGGCGUGUCUCCUUUAUACCUCAAGCGCACAUGCGCCCCUCCUGGCGCGCUCCUGGCGCACACAAGAUACCCGAGUAAGUGGGGAGAAUGGGGGCUUUAGGAGGUGCAUCUUCUUUUCGGCACCGAAUUCUGGUCCUCAGCGCCACGCCCGAUACGUUGAUGACGUCGUUUUUGCCGUCGCGAUCUAUACGGCCACUGCUCAUGUUCCCAGCCCUGGAUGA